UUUCCGGCGCGCCGCGCUGUGCGACGCUCAAAAUGGCCGCCCCCAGGGCGCCCCGAGCCCGCCGCCAUCCGCCGCCGCGGCGCUGAGGCGGGAUGUGGGGGACCCUGCUGCGGCUCGGGGGCCGGCGGGGGCUGUCGGGGGGCGUCCCUCCGCCGGCCGCGCCCUGGAGCCAGGUGGUGUCGGAGGCCGAGAAGAUCGUGGGGUACCCGACGUCCUUCAUGAGCCUGCGGUGCCUGCUGAGCGACGAGCUCAGCAACAUCGCCAUGCAGGUCCGCAAGCUGGUGGGCACCAAGCACCCGCUGCUCGACACCGCCCGGGGUUUUGUGUACGAUAGCCGAAACAAUUUACAGAUGCGAGGUUUGGUCGUAUUGCUCAUUUCCAAAGCUGCUGGACCCAGCACAGCAGAACUCUCUUUCCAGCACAACAUGGUCAGUGGGAUUUAUUCCAGUCAAAGAAGUCUGGCAGAGAUUACAGAGCUGAUCCACACUGCCUUUCUGGUACAUCGUGGCAUAGUAAAUAUCGGUGAGCUCAAGUCCUGCGAUGGCCCACUGAAGGACAUGCAGUUUGGGAAUAAAAUGGCUGUUUUGAGUGGAGAUUUUCUUCUAGCAAAUGCUUGCACAAGCCUUGCUCAGUUGCAGAAUACCAAGGUUGUGGAACUCAUAUCAAGUGCUAUUGGUGACUUAGUUCAAGGUAUAUACUAUGAAAACUCAAAAUCAUCUGAGGAGAACUGUCUUACAGAUGACAUCGGAAUAUCUACGUGGAAGGAGCAGGUUUUCCUGUCACAUAGUGCCUUGCUGGCGAAGAGCUGCCAGGCUGCAAUGGAAUUAGCAAAGCACAGCGCUGAGAUUCAGGACAUGGCAUUUCAGUACGGAAAGCACAUGUCUAUGAGUCAUAAGCUACAUUCAGACCUUCAGCCAUUUGUUAAAGAAAGCUCUAGUGACAUCAUGGCCUUCAGUUUGAAUUGUGCUCCUGCAGUCCUUCAUCAGGAAUUCCUUGGAAGGGAUGCAUGGAUUAAGCAAAUCAGAGAGGCACAAGGAAAAGGAAAUAUAAUGGACUACAAGAAGCUGCAAGAAGCGAUCAAGGCUGGCAAAGGUGUGACUUCUGCCAUCGACCUGUGCCGUUGCCACGGAAACCGAGCGCUGGCGGCCCUCGAGAGCUUCCCUCCCUCGGAGGCCAGGGCAGCCUUGGCCAACAUCGUCUACGCCGUCACCAGGUUCUCCUGACGCCGUCGCCGGAGCCAGCCCCCCCGCGGCACUGGGGACACGCUCCCCGUGCCGCACACCCAGCCCCGGCCUCCACGCCGAGCAACAUCUGGGGGGUGGGAGGGGAGAGGAAGAAAAAA